AUGCAAUCUGUCGCCCAGCGAAAUCACGAUGAUGGCCGUGCGACUCCAUGCGACAGGUUGGGCGACGUGCGAGUCGACGUCUUCCCAAGUUUCCUCGUCGAAGACGCAUCGAAGUUGUCGUACGAGAGAUUCUUUUACGAUUACAUGCGACCAGGCUUUCCCGUUCUCAUCCGUGGCAUAGCAGACACGUGGCGUGCGUUCCGCGAAUGGCGACGCGAAGACGGCGGGCCGAACCUCCCUCUCAUACGAGGCGCGUUCGGAGAUUCGCGAGUACAGGUGAAAUCUGGCUUGAGGUCGCUCCCGGGUUUGGCGCUACGAUUGUCUGGUGUGGCGGUGUGCGGCGAGCAGCAAUUCACGGACCAGCGGCGCGUGACCAUGACCGUGCGGGAGUUCGUCGCGCAGUGGGAGCGCGCCAACGCGCGGGCGGCGGAGAAAGUGGCGGAGGGGACGGGGGAGAAGGGGGCGGAGGGGGCGGCGAAGAAGGGGGCUGAGGGCGGGGAAAAGGGGGCGGGGGAAAGCGCGGGAGAAAGGGCGGAUGCGGGGAGCACGCGCAGUGGUGCUGGCGGGGGCGAGGGCGAGUGCGAGAGCGGGGAUGGAGAGGAAGGGCUGUUUUAUCUCAAGGACUGGCACUUCACACAUGACCACCCAUCAUACGAGGCAUACACCACGCCCACCCAUCUACUUCCACGAUGA